UAAAAUCUCCCCAGCGUUUUGGCUGAAAGAGUAGCUAGUUUGAAUAGCAAGAAGGAAGGUCACUCCAUCGAUAGGGCUCUGUGUGCUCUGUUCUUAUUUCGAGCUGUGCCUGUGAGGUGUUUGUUGUUUUGUCUCGCUGUUCGUGUCCACUGAAAUCGAGUAUUCUUGUUGUGUCCACAGAUUGUGAGAUCGAGGGAGACUCUGGGACCUGACAGAAGCCCGGCCGUGGGCGUGGCUUCAGCCUGCGCCCCAAGAAGAGGGUCCGGCGGGCUGCUGCCAAGCCUGGGGUCCUCGAGGCUGCGGCGGCGCCGGCCGCCGUGGCCAAGGAAGAAGAGAGCGAGAAGCAGCAGCAGGAGGAAGAAGAGGAGCGCAAGGUGGUUGUGGCUGUCAAGGCGGACGCGGAGCAGAGGAGGAAGGUCAAGGCUCGCCGUGGCUGUCGCCUCAUUCAAGCGUCUCGAGGAGAUCCUGCCGGAGUGGAGGAAGACGAUAAGCCCGCCGGAGGAAGCAGAGGAGGAGGAGAGCAGCCAGGGCGACUCCAAGGUGGCGCUCAUGUCGGCGGUGAACAAAAGGACCCGGCCGGAGCCCGAGCCCGAGCCGGAGGAGAGCGGCCAAGACGAAGACGAAGACGAGCGCAAGGUCGUCGCCACCAAGACGGAGAAGAAGAAGACGGCCGCCGAUCGCCGUUGCCGUGCCACCACUCACCGCCGCAAGAAGAGCCGGCGGGCGAAGGAGGAGGAGGAGGAGGAGCCGGCGGCCGAGAGGAAGACGAAGAAGCCCGUCGCGGCGCCCAAGCCCAAGGGGGCCGCCAUGGCGGACCACCGGUGGACGGAGCAGCGUUACGCGUCGGCGUCGGCGUAGCUCCUCGCCGUCGCGCGCGCCAUGGGCGCCAGCGCGCGCAAGCCCGUGCAGCGCGGCGAGCUCCGGGCGGAGCUGCGCAAGCGCAUCGGCGACACGGGCCUCCUCUACCACCUCCUCAAGCACGCCACCGGCACCGUGCUCCCCGGCAGCAAUGGCGGCGGCGACCGGCUCCGCCGCCGCCACAACGCCGACGGCGCCAUGGAGUAUUGGCUCGAGCCGGCCGAGCUCCUGGUCCUGCGGCGGGAGGCUGGCGUCGCCGACCCCUACUGGGUGCCCCCGCCCGGCUGGAAGCCUGGGGACCCCGUGUCGCCGGACGCCUGCGCGCUGGCGGCCAAGAGGCAGGUGGAGGCGCUCGCCGCCGAGCUCGCCGGAGUAAAAAGCUGAUGAAGGCAAAUCAAGGCACACUGAGCACUGAAGUGAAAUCUGAGGCAGCCAAAGCCUACAUUUCUCAUAAGCCUUAUCAGGAGAACUACGAAUGUAUGAUGAAGGCCAAUGCCAAUCUGGAAAGGCAGAUUCUGUCCUUGGAGGAGAAGUAUGCGAGCGCGGCACGGUCGAAUGGCAAGCUGGAGCAGGAGGUGUUUUCCCUGAAGGAGAAGUAUGAGGCUGUGCUUGAGAAGAACACCAGGCUGGAGUCACAGAUGGCUGCUCUAUCCGCUUCUUUCCUGUCCCUCAAGGAAAACCUGCUCUUGCAGAAUGAUCAUGAACAGGAACACCUGCUCUUGCAGAAUGGUGAUGAACAGGAAGGCCUGCUCUUGCUGAAUGACAAUGGAGAUCAGCCGCAGCAGCUGCUACUGAUGGGACCAGAACAAGCACCAGGAGAUCAUCUGGAGUCUCGCGAAGCUGACAAGGAAGAGAGCAAUGGCGGCAGUGAGGCGCCAGAAGCUGCUGCCCUGGGCGCCGGCGAUGGCGCGGCCACCAACAGCGGCGGCGGCGGCGGCGGCGGGAAGAGGACGUCGAGGAAGUGCAGCGUGCGGAUCUGCCGGCCGCAGGGGGCGUUCCAGUGGCCGGACGCGCAGCCCUCGUCGCCGCUGACCCCCACGGCGGCGGCGGCCAUGGCCAUGGACGGCGGCGGCGGUCUCGCGCUCCCGCCCACGCCGCCGUCGGCGUCCUCCACCAACGCCGCCUCCGCCAAGCUCCUGCUCCUGCCGGCCCCUGCCUCGCCGCCAACGCCAUCGGCCGCCGGCACCGGAGACGUCGACCUCCAGGCAGCAGCAGCAGUGCAGCCUGACUCCAGCCAUGACCUGCAGCUCCGGCAGCCGUCGUCGUGGCCCUGCGGUGCCACCGCCGGGCUGCCGGAGUCGAAGAAGACGGCGCUGGAGGCCGGCGGCGUGGGCACCGAGCUGGCCCUGGCCCACCCCUCACACUGACUCCCGUCCCAAGUUUUUGCCUCUUCCCGUACCAUCCAUCACCAUUAACGACAGCGAUCGUAACAAGACAACACAGGAUAGAAGAAGAAGAAGAAGAAUAAGGAAAAUGAUAGAUUACGGCUAAUCCACCAGUCAGUUAAUUAGGCGUUUGCUUUCUCCAUUUACUACCGACUCUUUCAGACUUUUGAGGCCGGAGUUUCGUAGCCUGUUGCUCGUUAAUUGUUAAUCUCUCUGCAGAAAUCGCAGAAACUGGAGACCUAAUUUUGAUGUUUUAGUCCAUUAAAUCUUGUGAUUCUCCAUUGAUCUUUGU